AUGGACCGUCGAGGACCCCACGACAACCCUCGUGCUUUCGGCAUGGAGGCACGACGGGCUCAUGGCCAAGGAACAACAUUUCGAAGCACUUUCAUCGCUUCCCAGUCUCGAAACACAGACGGCCAAAGGCAGACCCUGAUCUCUCAGAUUGGCGGCAAUCAGCAAGACGCUUCUCGAUCGAGGCGAUACAGUCAGGACAUACCGCAUUCCAUUCCUAAUUGGAUUGAGGAGCUGCCAAGGGACUACCCUCAGCCGCCUCCAACGCGAGGUGUUCCACCUCCCAGGUCGGAAAACGUCCAAUUUCGUGACAGAGGACCCGUGACGCCAAGCAUGUCAAUCUCACAGAUUGACCGUCAAGCAGCCAUGGACUUCCAAAGCAAUAGAAUUCCCCUUGUCCGUGGGGAGAUGUCUCGAGGGGCAUCUCGGUUCCUCAGGGAAUCAGAGGCACGAUUCCAUCCUCGAAGAGAUGUGCAGGGCCACGGCCACAGACGGGACAGCCUUUAUCGGCCCAACGAUGCACAGUUGGGUAGUGCGAAUCCUCAGAUCUCGCCGGUGGUUAACUACAUAACCACAAACAACAACCAGCAAUACCACGUGGACAACAGCCGCCACCAGAGGAUCAAUGCUCAGGGCCAGGUCAAUACCCAGAACAACCUGCAGCGCACAGUUCAUAACAGUCGUCGGGACACCACUCACCAGUCGAGGAUGACACAGCGUCUGUCAUCUUCAGCCCAUCAGCACCACCGACAGAGCCAUCGCUACCGCGAGCACCGCGGCUAG